GCGGUCUGGGCCGCGGGGCUCGGGCCUAUCGGGGUGGGCGGGGCGGAGUCGGGUCGCUAGUUGUCCCGGGGUCCUCCCGGCAGGCCGCAGGACCUCAAGGGCUUAGCGGGGUGGCCUCGGGCCUGGUGGCGGCGGCGGCGCCUGGAGCCGAGCGGGGGGCCUUCUGAAGGCCCUGGGACGCGUCUGUGGUGCCGGGGGGCAUCUACGGGGCGUCCCCGAGAGGAUUGGAGGCGUCCACAGGGCCUGGAGUGAGACUGAAGCCUGCCUUCCAUCAUAUAGCUGGCUUGGGUCAUUUUUGUGGGCACUGUUGAUCGUCUUUAUGAGCUGACCGGAGGCUAGGGUCUGUUUAGAGGGUUCUGGGGCCAUCUUGAGAUCUUGAGAUAUGUCCCGGGGUGAAGGAGAUCUGCAAGAGCUGGGGAGUAUCUGCAGAGCCAACUAUAGCGCCUAGGGUAUGUCUGUUAGGGCUGCGAAGUGUCUACAUGGGCUGACCUGAGGAUGCGGCUCACCUACAGGGGUCUGGGGCCAUAUAGCUGGGCCUGGAAGAACUGUUCCAGGGCUAGGAAGUCUUUUAUAGCUACCCAGAGGAGCGGGAUGUACCCACGAAGGGAGAGAGGCAAAUACUGAGAUGUUCUGAGAGGCCUGGAUGGGUCUCCAGCUGUCUGGGGAGUGUCUAAUCUGGGUGACAGGAGACUGGGGGCAGUUAGAAGGACCUGGAACCAUCUAGGUGGCUUUGAGUGUGCCUGCAAAUUCGAAUGCCUUUGGGGGGGCCACGCCAUUGCGUGGAGAAUAAGACAAUGAAGACUAUUGGAAAAUUUGCCCAGCUGUAUUGUACUUGCCCUUAGAAAGUAAUUCAAAUGCACAAUGUUGAAAAAUUCUGCGUGGCCCUGGGGCUACAGAGAGAGAGUUAGUCCUCCUUGGUCUGGGAAAGUCUAUAGGAUCGUCUAUAGGAUCGUCUAGAUUCGUCUAGUGCUGUGCUUUUCAAACUCUUUUGACCUUGAUCUACAGUGAGAAAUACAUUUUUUCAUUGAGACCCAGUGUACACCGUCAUACGAAUUUCAUACCCAAGUCCCUUUAAUUAGUAUUUCCAUUUACUUGUGAUGUAUUGUGAAGAACCUUCUAUUGUGUUCGAUUUGCUUUGAUAACAAGCUAUUUGUGAAGCACUGAACUGCUAUCAAGUCUAUAGUUUGGGAAACUUAUCUAGAGGGACCUAGCAGCGUCUGCAGAGGCUUCUCAGGUCUAAAAGACCUAAGGAGCCGGGGGUGUGUCUGCAAAUCCUGGGGCAUGUGUGAAUGGGCAAGGGAGGAUGUUCAUUCUACAGAGUUUGCGGCUCUGUGGGUCUAUAGUCAGCACACCUUGAUUAAGUGUCUCUUAUGUGACAGACGCUGUUCUACAUAUCGUGUGCUCCCCCCACCCCCACCCAGGUGCCGGAGAGCAGCACCAGGGCUGGGAACUGUCCAGAGGGGCUUCUCAGGGUGAGAGUUGUCUAUGGGAGUUCGGGAAGGAACUGCAGGCUCUUAGAGAGCCAGGAGGCAGCAUGGGAGAGCUUUCUGAAAAUCUGGUACGAGGGAGACCAGAACCGAGACCUUUUUUUUUUUUUUUUUUUUUUUUUUGGCAGGUAUGCAACCGAGGGUGUAAGGGAGACCGAAGUAGGGGAAACCUGGGCGUUAAAGGCCAAUGAUAAUUAUUGGCCUCUAUAUAGCUUGCUUGGGCUGUUAACUCUCUGUCAGGAGUCCGUCUCCUUUCAAUUCUCACAGCCUUUCUCUGACUUAGAUACUCCUAUUGGGCCCACUUAGAGUUAAGCACACGGCGUUGAGGGUUAGGGGUUUUGAAGCUUUCUAGGAACUGUGGGACCAGAUAUUUCUUGUCUUCAGAGUAGGAGAUUUGACAGUUGCAGGGAAGCCUACAGCUGAAAUCUUCGUGUUUUCUGAAGCCCUAAUCAAGAUCCCCAUCAGUCUAAAGAGUGAUUUUUCACCUUCUGUAUAACCUAAGAAUUUCUGUGACAUGGCAAAGCCUUGAGCCGCGCUUCCGCACGAGGGGCUGACAGGUGAUCGGAGGGUGCUCCCUGCGGCGUCUGGUGGACAGCAUUACUGAAGUUCGUGUUUGUUGUUUUGUUUUUGUUUUUUGCGGCACGCGGGCCUCUCACUGCCGCGGCCUCUCCCGUUGCGGAGCACAGGCUCCGGACGCGCAGGCUCAGCGGCCAUGGCUCACGGGCCCAGCCGCUCCGCGGCACGUGGGAUCUUCCCGGACCGGGGCACGAACCCGCGUCCCCCGCAUCGGCAGGCGGACUCUCAACCACUGCGCCACCAGGGAAGCCCAUGAAGUUCGUGUUUUCGUUUUCAAAGUGGCGUACUGGUUUUGUAGCUCAUUCUAUUAUAGUUCCAUCUUCUGUGUGUAAAUACAUUUUGUUGGGUCCCUCACCAUCGAGGAGAAUCGAUGCUUUUUUAGGAAGUGGCGUGCUGUUUGAGGCACACCCAGCACACUGGCACGUAUCUCGGUUUGGGAAAGGUGGGUUUAUGAGACUUCGGGACGCAGUGUUUGAAAUCACAACUCAACAGAAAAGAGUCUUGGCUCCCGUGAAGGCGGGCUCCUGUGAGGUCUUAAAGUUUGGUUGUGGGGGAAGGUGCGGGAACUGGGGAGGGGUGUGUGGAAAUAGGCCGGGAAGGCCUCCCUUUGGCAGAGGAGGCAACAAAUUCAGACAAGGGAAGAGAGUUACUCCUCCAGUCCCUCUAGUGUCUGCACUGGGCCUGGUACUUGCCCGGGCCUGGGAUGCGGUGGAGGAGAGGAGGGAUGCUGAAAGGGAUACAGUGUUGGAGGCCCCUGAGGUCUUCAUGUCUGUCCUCUCCUUCCACCACCUGGCACCACCGUGGCCUGCCCACCUGCCUCUACUCCAGACUCUCCCCCCCUUCCACCACCAGGUGACCAUGGAGGAAGAAGAUGAGUCUCGAGGGAAGACAGAGGAGUCAGGCGAGGAUCGGGGUGACGGUCCGCCAGACAGAGACCCUACGCUUUCUCCUUCUGCUUUUAUCUUGCGGGCCAUUCAGCAGGCUGUGGGAAGUUCCCUGCAGGGGGACCUGCCAAAUGAUAAAGAUGGUUCUCGGUGUCAUGGCCUUCGAUGGAGGCGCUGUCGGAGCCCACGUUCAGAGCCCCGUUCCCAGGAAUCAGGGGGGACUGACACGGCUUCUGUGUUGGACGUGGCUGCCGAUGGCCUCCUCGCGGGGCUGGUGAGCAUCCUGGAUCCCCCAGAUACCUGGGUUCCCAGCCACCUGGACCUGCGGCCUGGCGAAAGCGAGGACGUGCUGGAGCUGGUGGCCGAGGUCCGAAUUGGGGACAGGGAUCCAGUCCCUCUUCCCGUACCCAGCCUGCUGCCCCGUGUCAGGGCCUGGAGGACGGGCAAGACGGUUUCUCCGCAAUCUCACUCUUCUCGACCCACCUGUGCCCGCCACCUCCUCACCUUGGGCACUGGAGACGGGGGUCCUGCACCACCCCCUGCCCCCUCCUCUGCCUCCUCUUCGCCUUCCCCUUCCCCCUCAUCAUCCUCCCCCUCCCCGCCUCCCCCUCCACCACCGCCAGCCCCCCCGGCCCCUCCUGCACCCCGGUUUGAUAUCUAUGACCCCUUCCACCCCACCGACGAGGCCUAUUCCCCACCGCCUGCUCCAGAGCAGAAGUACGACCCCUUUGAGCCCACUGGCUCCAACCCCAGCUCAUCGGCGGGUACCCCCUCACCUGAGGAGGAGGAGGAGGAGGAGGAAGAGGAGGAGGAGGAGGAAGAGGAAGAAGAGGAGGAGGAAGGCCUGUCCCAGAGCAUCAGCCGCAUCUCAGAGACCCUGGCGGGCAUCUACGACGACAACAGCCUGAGCCAGGACUUCCCAGGUGACGAGAGCCCGGGCCCGGACCCCCAGCCCCUGCAGCAGACUCCAGCCCCUGGCACACCGCCCCAGGCCGACUCCACCCGGGCCGACGGAGCCACCCGCCGGCGUGUCUUUGUGGUGGGGACCGAGGCGGAGGCCUGUCGGGAAGGCAAGGUCUCCGUGGAGGUGGUGACGGCCGGUGGCGCCGCCCUCCCGCCCCCUCUGAUGCCACCGGGCGACUCAGAGAUUGAGGAGGGCGAGAUUGUCCAGCCUGAGGAGGAGCCCAGGAUGGCGAUCUCCCUCUUCCGGGCCGGCGGCCGGGCCGCACGACCCCCUCCGGCAGCCCCGGCCCCCCCUGCGGCCCAGCCCCCACCCCCGCCGCCCGCCCCCCGGGCCCCCGAGGGGGACGACUUCUUGUCACUGCACGCGGAGUCUGACGGCGAGGGCGCCCUGCAGGUGGACCUGGGGGAGCCGGCCCCCGCCCCGCCCACUGCAGACACGCGCUGGGGCGGCCUGGACCUGCGCCGCAAGAUCCUGACCCAGCGGCGUGAGCGCUACCGGCAGCGCUCGCCCUCCCCAGCCGCCGCCCCCGCCUCCGCUGCCCCCACUGGCCCGCCCACCCGCAAGAAGUCGAGGCGGGAGCGCAAGAGGAGCGGCGGCGAGGCCAAGGAGGCCGCCUCGUCCUCCUCCGGAGCGCAGCCCGCCCCGCCGGCCCCGGCCUCCCCCUGGGACUCCAAGAAGCACCGCUCCCGGGACCGCAAGCUGGGCUCCCACGCCUCGUCGUCCGCCCGCCGCCGCUCGCGGUCCCGCUCUGCCCGCCGCCGCUCACGGAGCACCGACCGGCGCCGCGGGGGCAGCCGCAGGUCCCGGUCCCGGGAGAAAAGGCGGCGGCGGCGGCGCUCGAAUUCCCCGCCCCCGGCCACCUCCUCGUCGUCGUCUUCCAGGCGCGAGCGGCACCGCGGCAAGCACCGGGAUGGCGGCGGCAGCAAGAAGAAGAAGAAGCGGUCGCGGUCCCGGGGCGAGAAGCGGUCUGGGGACAGUGAGAAGGGCCCUGCCCCGGCCCAGCCACCCUCCGGCCCCACCUCCUUGGGCGGAGAGCGCGACAGCCGCCGCCGGGGGGCUGUGCCGCCCUCCAUCCAGGACCUCACGGACCACGAUCUCUUUGCCAUCAAGCGGACCAUCACCGUGGGCCGGCCGGACAAGCCUGACCCCCGAGGCCCCUCACCGGCUCCGGCCUCAUCGCCCAAGCGCGAGGUCCUGUACGACUCCGAGGGACUGAGUGCCGAGGAGCGGGGAGGCAAGAGCAGUGAGAAGGACCGGCGCCGCUCUGGGGCUGCCUCCUCCUCCUCUUCCUCCCGGGAGAAGGGAUCGCGGCGGAAGGCACUGGACGGGGGGGAUCGGGACCGGGACAGGGACAGAGAUAGGGACAGGGACAGGUCAUCCAAGAAGGCCCGGCCCCCCAAGGAGUUGGCGCCCUCCUCAGGGCCCCCGCCAAAGCCACCUGUCAGCAGCGGUUCAGGCUCCUCGUCCUCGUCGUCCUCCUCAUCCUCCCGGAAGGUGAAGCUACAGUCCAAGGUGGCCGUGCUGAUCCGAGAGGGUGUCAGCAGCACCACACCAGCCAAGGAGGCCACCUCUGCUGGCCUGGGCUCCAUCGGAGUCAAGUUCAGCCGAGACCGAGAGAGCCGCUCCCCCUUCCUCAAGCCGGAUGAGCGGGCCCCUACUGAGGUGGCCAAAGCAGCUCAGGGCAGCACCAAGCCCAAAAAGACCAAGGUCAAGGCCAAGGCUGGGGCCAAGAAAGCCAAGGGGACCAAGGGAAAGAUCAAGCCAUCCAAGACGAGGAAAAAGAUCCGCAGCGGUGGGGGCAGCAGCGGGGGCAGCAGUGGCCCUGUGACGCUGAAGAAGUCCAAGGCGGAUAGCUGCAGCCAAGCGGCAGGAGCCAGAGGGGCCGAGGAGACUUCCUGGUCCGGGGAAGAGCGGGCAGCGAAGGCCCCUAGCACCCCGCCCCCCAAGGCGGCCCCUCCACCCCCUGCUCUCACGCCCGACUCGCAGACUGUGGAUAGCAGCUGCAAGACACCUGAGGUCUCCUUCCUGCCAGAAGAGGCCACUGAGGAGGCUGGAGUCCGAGGUGGGGCGGAGGAGGAGGAAGAGGAAGAAGAGGAGGAGGAGGAGGAGGAGGAGGAGGAGCAGCAGCCGGCCACCAGCACGGCCACCAGCACGGCUGCUGCCGCCCCUAGCACCGCCCCGAGUGCGGGGUCCACGGCUGGUGACUCGGGGGCGGAGGAUGGGCCAGCCCCCCGUGUCUCCCAGCUGCCUACACUGCCCCCACCCAUGCCCUGGAACCUGCCCGCUGGUGUAGACUGCACUACCAGCGGUGUCCUGGCCUUGACUGCACUUCUCUUCAAGAUGGAAGAAGCCAAUCUGGCAAGCCGAGCAAAGGCCCAGGAGCUGAUUCAGGCCACCAACCAGAUCCUCAGCCACAGGAAGCCCCCCUCAAGUCUGGGGGUGACGCCAGCUCCUGUGCCCACCUCUCUGGGUCUGCCCCCUGGCCCCUCCAGCUACCUGCUCCCUGGCAGCCUCCCCCUCGGGGGCUGUGGCUCUACCCCUCCCACCCCCACUGGGCUGGCUGCAGCGUCUGACAAGAGAGAGGGCAGCAGCAGCUCCGAGGGACGUGGUGACACAGACAAGUAUCUGAAGAAGCUGCACACACAGGAGCGGGCAGUAGAGGAGGUGAAGCUGGCCAUCAAGCCGUAUUAUCAGAAGAAAGACAUCACCAAGGAGGAGUACAAGGACAUCCUGAGGAAGGCCGUCCACAAGAUCUGCCACAGCAAAAGUGGGGAGAUCAACCCGGUGAAGGUGAGCAACCUGGUGCGCGCCUACGUCCAACGCUACCGCUACUUCCGCAAGCACGGCCGCAAGCCAGGGGACCCCCCAGGGCCCCCACGGCCGCCCAAGGAGCCGGGACCCCCUGACAAGGGCGGCCCGGGCCUGCCCCUGCCCCCUCUCUGAGAUCCCCAGCCGCCCCUUUCCUCCUUCGCUGCCUCUCUGGAAUUCUGGACGUAUUUAUGGCUCCGCCUCCCUACGUCCCUCCCCUGUCAGUGGGAUGAUUGGGGGAGGGUUGCUGCGGGAAAGAGGAGAGCCCCCUGCCCAGCCCCACUGCCAUCUUCCUCGCCCCAAGCCUGUGCCCAUUGCCCCUCCCCUCUGUUCAUGCCCCUACCCCAAUUUCAUUAAAGAUUUCAUGAAAUGUUACCCCUGAGCCCCAUGACUUUUAGCCCUUUCUUUUCAGAGUCCAGUUUGGGAAAGGGUUGAGGAGGAGCCUUGGCCCAAGUGUGAGGGUGGUUAGCGGGGAAGUAGACGGUGUGACUUGGGAAAAGUGCAUUCCUCUCACUGGGCCUGUUUCUUUGUCUAUAAAGUGGGUGUUGUGAGGAUUAAGAAAGACGCAGGCGGGUGAAGCACUUAGAACCGGACCUGGCACACAGGAAGCCGUUGCUACUGAUAGAGAGUGGUGGUGAUGGGAGGGAGAGGUCCCUGCCCCACCUGACCAGUGUCUGCCCAGCUCAGGGCCUCUAGGUGCUAUUUGUCUAAUCUUGGAAUUGCCCCAGAAACAGGAUCUUUGUCCUCCAUUCAGUUGGAUUCUCUUUUUACCAGUCCUGUGGGGCUGGGGUGAUCUAACUGACUCCCCCGAGAUGGAGAGGGAAACUGAGGCACAGAGCAGCAAGGGCCACACAGUGAAUCAGGGCUGUGCUGGCCUCCAUCAGUCCCUGUUACCCAGAACCCAGGCGCGGUGAGGAGGGGUGGGUGAAGCCAGGCUGCGGGGCGAGGGUGGGUUCUGGUUGGGGGUGGGCUCAGAAUUCCUUUACAACUGGCCCUCGCAGGCCCACACGGAGGGGAGCCCAGGGCCCGGAAAGGAGAAGGACUUGCCUGAGGUCACCUAGCAGGAGUUGGGAGGGGACCCAAGGCCCCUGACAGGCAGGACAGUCAGGCGAAAGGCUCUGUGCUUACUGGACGUCAGCCUGAACUGUUUAUAGGCAAGAUGGGGGUUCCAGAUUGAGCCCCAAGGCCGCCCUCAGAGUGGCAACCUUAGAGUCUGACCUGUCUUGUAUGUUCCUACUUUGUGAACUUUGCUCCUCUCUAAGCCUCAGUGUCUUGGUCUGUAAA